UUUGUUAUUCUACUAUGCCUCCCGCUGCUUUGAUGGGUACGACCAUGCCGGAGCCUAUUCUUCGACGGAGAAACUCUAUAUCUUCUUCUGUAAUUCCUGCAAAGCUCAAUCUUUCUUCAAACGAUGAUGAGAACUUGAACUUCCCCAUCGUUGACGGUGGAAGAAAAGUCCUGCAUGCUGUUGACGAUCUGGAGCUUGUCUCAUUCCGAUCGAAGACGAAUUACACAUCUUUGAAGGAUCUCCUGCCAUCAUCGCCCGCAGCUGGUGUCCAGUCUCCCAGGGCUGUUCCAGGUGCUGAGUCCGGCUAUGAGAUCUGCAUCAGAAAUCGCCUUGUUAAGCAAGCGGCUUGGGCUUAUCUACAGCCUAAGUCUGUGACGCCUGGCUCUUCUGGUCGACAUUUCUUCCAAAGGAUUUGGGACGGAUUCUCCAGUGAUUACUUGAGGAAUUCGGUCAAUGACUGCCUUGGGUUCUUAAAUCGGCAAGUUUUUUCGAAGAUUGCAUGUAUGUUCGGUCAGUUGCUCGGAUUGAUUUGCGUCGGGAGAAACAAGGGACGGUAGCAGUGAUUGCAUCACUUGAUGGUAACUCCGACUGUUACGAACUUGUGCAGUUUGACAGAAUAGAUUCCUUUUUGCGAAUGUAAAUAAUAUCUCACUUUUUUUAUCUUCUGCUUUUCAUUGAGACUUGAGAGA